AUGGUCGACUACUACAAUGAUAAAGACGGCGUUUUUGCGGACAACAUCUCUGACAGGGAGAGAAUAGGUCGAUAUUCUCUUGUAUCACCUAGUUAUGAACAGGAAGUAAAGGAAAAUGGAUACACUGCCCCUUAUGUCUGUGCCGGUGUGAUUGGAGAAGUGUACCCAGACCAGAGACAUACGAUAUCAAUACUGGAUAUCGCCGCCGGAACAGGACUCGUCGCUUUAGAGCUGAAGAAACUAGGUUUCCUUACAAUGGACGCCAUAGAACCUUCUGAAGGGAUGCUAGAACUGGCUGCAAAGAAAGGGUUAUAUCGCAACUUGUAUAACACGGUGCUGUCUGCGGACCCCUUACCGCUUCCUUCAGACGCAUAUGACGCCGUCACCAUCUGUGGUUGGCAUGGCAACGUCAAUUCUCUAACGGAUUCACUUCUUGAAAUAAUCCGGGUGAUAAAACCAGGUGGUUACAUCUGUAUUGUGACCAGGAUGAUCUUCAUACAGAACCUAGACGAUUACAAAGCUCUCCUACAACAGUGUGUCAACUUGGAGGAAGCCAACAAGUGGAAACGGGUGGAGUUGACUGGUUUCCAGGGAUACCUCAAUAACAUCGAGGGAGUUAAGCUGGUGUUUGUAGUCUUCUAA